GGGCGAGAGCAUCUCACAAUGUCUAACAAAAAUAAUGCGGUUUUUCCAUCUGAUUUUCCCUGAAAUUCAGUGCUCUACAGGUUCAAAAUGAAAUUGAUAUUUUGCGGAGUGCUGGUCCACUCGCUUUUCUUAGCCUCAAUCUUCGACAUUUACUUCAACUCGCCCGUUCUGCAUGGCAUUGAAGCGUUUCAUCCAUCCUUUGAACCGGCUGCCCAGAGGCUGGUGUUGUUUGUGGCAGACGGAUUGCGAGCAAAUUCGUUUUACUCCAAUAGUGAUUAUUCACCUUAUUUACGGUCCAUUAUCGAAACUAGAGGAAGCUGGGGAGUAUCACACACCCGCGUUCCAACAGAGUCGAGACCAGGACAUGUUGCGAUGAUUGCUGGCCUCUACGAAGACCCAAGUGCUGUCGCAAAAGGAUGGAAAGAAAAUCCUGUCGAGUUUGAUUCCGUCUUCAACCGGAGCUCACACACUUGGGCAUGGGGAAGUGCUGAUAUUUUGCCAAUGUUUGCAAAAGGUGAAGCUUCGGGUCGUGUAACAACUUUUACCUACCCCAAAAUAAUGCAGAGGUUUUCUGGUGACGGGUCAAAUGAAAAGCUAGACACCUGGGUCUUCGAGAGAGUGGAGAGAUUUUUUAAAUGGUCUGGAAAGACCGACCAAAAAGUACAAGAGAAAGGAGUUGUUUUUUUCCUACAUCUCUUGGGUAUUGACACUGCAGGACAUGAUGCCAAACCGCAUUCAAAGACAUAUUUGAAAAACAUUAAUUUGGUUGACCAAGGAAUUCAUAGGAUUGAAAAAGAAGUGGAAAAAUAUUUCAAUAAUGACGGUAAAACAGUUUAUGUUUUCACUUCUGAUCACGGAAUGACUGACUGGGGUUCGCACGGCGCAGGAUCAUUGGAUGAAACUGAAACACCUCUUGUGGCAUGGGGGGCUGGGAUCAAAGGUCCAGAGAAGCCUAGAUCCCCAAAAGAAUCCCCUUCUCAGUGGGGACUGGAUUAUCUAGAUAGGAAGGAUGUAAAUCAGGCUGACAUUGCUGCCCUGAUGUCUGCACUUCUUGCAGUUCCUACUCCUACAAAUAAUGUGGGAAUUGUGCCAAAGGAGUAUUUUGAGAAAGGCUCCGAUUGGAUCGCAAAAGCAGUUAUGAGCAAUUUGCAGCAAAUUUUGCUUCAGUUUGAGAGAGCCAAAUUCUUGGUUCAUGAAAAGGUUUUCUCUCUCUUGAUCGUACCUUAUGCAGAACUAUCAUCUAUAGAUCAAUGGAUCGUGGAAUUGAAGAAUGGAAACCACACAGCAGUGGUCAACAAGGCAACUGUUGUUUAUCAAGUGGCUUUAGAGGGCAUUGUUUACUACCAAAACUACUUUGGCCGUAGUUUGAAAUUUUCCAUAACCAUCUCUCACAUUUUAUGGAUGGCCUACCUACUUACACGACUCAUCUGCAAACCAAGAAUACAUAGUAGAAACUCUUUAAUUUUAGACUUGACUGCCGGGAUCUCAAUGAGCACCAUUUUGCUCCUAAUAUUAGCUCAGAAGCUGCCUCUUCAGUAUGUAAUGUACUACUCGUUGCCAGUCAUCCUUCUGUGGUUUAUCCUAAGGGACUGUGAUCUUUGGUGGCCUCAAGUUGCACCUGUUGUCACAAAAAAUUUCUUUGGACUUCUGAUAGUUUUUGGACUCACUAUUCUUGCCAUCGGAUGCUUGGUUAUGUCGUUUUUUGAGAGAGCUGUGCUCAGCAUGGCACUCUUAGUCAUCUCAGUCAUCCCUUUAUUUGGAAAGCUCAGGGGCUCAAAAUUACACUGGGCUGUUGCUUCAAUGUGGACUUUGGCAUGCAUUGCAUUAGCCAUUUUCCCUUUACUGCCAGUUGUUGGAAAAGAGGCCAACUAUACAUUUGUAUUUGCUGCUGGUAUUGCAACUUCCAUCCUAAGCAUCUUCUACGUUAUAUUUUUCAACAUCAAACCGAGGUGGCUCACACUUGGGCAGUCAGUGCUUGUUGCGAUUUCUUCAACCAAUGUCUUAUGGACGUCUUCAAAUUAUGAUGAUGGCCUUGGAUUAACCAUAACAAACCAAAUCACAUCUUGGGCCAUCUUAGGUUUAAGCCUAGCUUUACCACUGUUUGCUCAUAACACCUUCAUCAGUAAAAUAGUCAGUCUGUCAUUAUCCAUCUCCAUGACAUUUGUGCUUCUGAGUGUUCGACACGAAGCCCUCUUCUUGCUGUUUUUCCACAUCAUGCUGAACUUGUACCCUCUGGUGGAAUUUAAUGUUUCAUCCGUUGACCAAUUCCAGUUGCAGAUUUCCACUCGUCAAAUGGUGGUGCCAAAACUCAAUGGAAACCAAUUUUUGUUGGCUGAUUUGUGCCGGGCCUAUUUUUAUCUCUUCUGCAUGAUCUUGGCGUUUUUCGGCGUUGGAAAUAUUGCAAGUAUGAACUCAUUUGACCCGACGUGGGUCCGAGCGUUCGUAUCCACUUUUUCCCCAUUCCUGAUGGGAGGCUUGAUUGUUUUUAAGACCGCUCUGCCUUUCAUCGCAGUGGCCGCCUGCAUCGCUUCAGUUUCAUUUCUAGUCCAGAGGCCCAUUCAGUGGCUCCUAGUGUUGGGCAUGUGUGACAUGAUGGCUUUGCCGUUUUUUCACUUGGUUCGGACAGAGGGCAGCUGGCUGGAUAUCGGCCAGUCAAUAUCCCAUUUUGUAAUUGCCCAUGUAUGCGUAUUGUUCCUCCUCAUUAUACACAGCGGAGUGCAGGCGUAUCUCCAAUAUGAUCCAUACAAAGUAUGGAGGAAAAUGAAGGGAUUUAUUUAAUCAAAAAGCGGCAUCGAG